UACUUUUCAUUCGUAGUUCAAUAAUCAUGUCUUUUUCCAACAAGAGUGCUUUGAUCACAGGCGGAACUGGAGGAAUUGGUGCUGCAAUUUGUGAGGAUCUCCUGAAGAAUGGGAUCGAGAAUGUGGCUGUGCUCGAUAUGCAUUCAGAAGAACCCGCGAUAGUCAAUGAAUGGAGGAAGAAGUUCAGUAAUGCCAAGAUCAGAUAUUUCCAAGUGGACGUGAGUUCUCAUGAGCAGCUGGAAAAGUGCUACGCAGAGUUCGUGAAGGAAGUCAAGAGUCUGGACAUUGUGGUGAAUUGCGCGGGAAUUUUCAAUGAGAACAUCUACAGAAAGGUUGUGGAAGUGAAUCUUUGUGGCGUUAUUGGAUCAACUCUCAUCGCCAUUGAGCACAUGAGGAAGGACAAGGGAAAGGGAAGAGGUGGUGUGAUUGUCAAUAUCUCCUCAAUAGCUGGAGUCUGUCCGCUGAGUUAUAUGCCAACUUAUGGCGCAACGAAGCACGCUGUUGUCGUCUUCACGCGAUCUUUGGCUCAUGGACGUGACAAAAUGGGCAUCAAGUUUCUCACACUUUGUCCCGGAGGUACGGAAACUCCGCUCGUUGAUCAGACUUUCAAGGAACCCUUUUUCUUCGAGAUGAGCGAAGACGCUAUGAAAGCACUUUCAGCUUCGUAUGUUUUGCAAAGUGCCGACAAAGUAUCUGAAGCCUGUCUUGAGAUCAUGCGAGAAGCUGAGAGUGGCAGUGUUUGGAUUAUCCAGAAUGGAAAGUUACAAGAGCACAGCGGAACACCAAUUCGGAUCUAACUUAUAUAAAAAAGCACAAAUCCGCAUUUUGAGUUUUACAAAGAAGUUUUUCAAUUAAAACAACACAGAAGAAGAAUGCAACUUCUGGUGAAAAUCGAUUGAAAUGUAUCUUUCUUGCAUAUUGUUUUCUUUCAAUCUGAGAAAAUCCUUUUAGAAGACGAAAAGCCCCACACUGAGACUGCCUUUUCACUUUCAUUUCCAUAAUCUCUUAAGAUUGAGCACAAAUCCUUUCACAGCAUUUGUACAACACCCAAAUAUUUAUGCUCUCAAUUCGCUUCACUUUGAUAAAAGUUCUCAGAUAGCGCAUAACUUU